AUGUCGACCAAAGCUGUUAUUCUUGUAGGCGGUGACACCCGUGGUACCCGAUUCCGUCCAAUUAGCUUGAGUGUCCCGAAAGUGCUCUUCCCUGCUGGAGAGAAGAGCUUGCUUGCCCACGCUGUUGAUGCUGUGAUCGCUCAACCAAACAUCAGCGAAAUUCUCCUGAUCGGUUUCUAUGAGAACAGUGUGUUUGAUAACUUCCUCGCGCAGGUCAAUCGCGAACACCCUGAUGUUUCCGUCAAGUACUUACGCGAGUAUAAGGCCAUGGGCACCGCCGGUGGUUUGUACCACUUCCGCGACCAAAUUCUCCGUGGCAAGCCAAAAAGACUUUUUGUUAUCAAUGCUGAUGUCUGCAGCUCUUACCCACUGUCUGAGCUCACUGCGAAGUACGAUGAGUCGGAGGCUAAUGGCGUUAUUCUAGGUACCCGCGUCGCCAAGGGCAUUGCUGCCAACUAUGGCGCCAUUAUCGCUGAUGACAAUGGAAAGGUUCUGCAUUAUGUAGAAAAGCCUGAAGAAUCGGUUUCGACUUUGGUCAAUGGCGGUAUUUACUUAUUGGAUGUUUCGGUGUUUGACGUCAUAGCUCAGGCCAAGCGGGUGCAUGGAGACGAGCAUGCCGGCAACCUUGAUGACGAGGACGACGACGAGGACAAGCUGUCGUUGGAGCAAGAUGUCCUGCCUGUUCUCGCCGAUACGGGCAAACUUUUCGUUUACCAAACGGAGGCAUUCUGGCGCCAAGUUAAGGAGGCCCACUCAGCCCUGGUUGCAAACCUGUUAUAUCUAGAGGACUCUGGAGCAAAGAACGCAGUUUGGGUCGAUCCAUCUGCCAAGAUUGACCCUAGCGCUAAGCUGGGUCCUAAUGUGACCAUUUGUGAGGGCGCCAAGGUUGGACCGGGUGCCCGCAUUCGCGACGCCGUUAUUCUUCCUCGGGCAGAGAUCCGCGCCAAUGCAGUAGUCAUUAACGCCAUCGUGUGCUCUGGCAGCAGAAUUGGCCGCUGGGCUCGUGUUGAGGGCUCUCCCAUCUCGGUUUCUUCUUAUGAAUCUACCGUUGUCAAGGACGGUGUCAAGGUUCCCCGCGUUGCCAUUGUUGCCCACGAUGUCGCUGUCGCUGACGAAGUUCACUUGCAAAAUUCUGUGGUUUUGCCUCAUAAGGACAUUCGCAAUGACGUGCGUAACGAAAUUGUCAUGUAG